AUGGUUUCCGCAAAAUUAUUCCAUUUAUCCACACUUUUACUCGUAAUACCGGUGCCCUACGUCCUAACCGUGGGUAUAUGCCCACCCGUUAGCAUUGACAUCAGCCCCUGUGUGUGCCAGGACGGCACCGGUAGCAACAGCACCGACACCACGCUAUCGAUAAUCACUUGCACUGGCGAUCAACCCUUUGAUUUGGUCACCGUUUUCGACGUAUUGGCCGCUAAUAUACCGCCGAUUAAUAAGGAUUUCGAUGUGUUUUACUUGAACUACCCGUCCCUCGAGGCACUGGUAGGGGAUGGUCUGUUCCACGACAUAACCUUCCGGCACAUGUAUGUUGUGAAUGCCCUCAAACUCGCGCGUAUCGACCCUAACGUGUUCGCGGGUCCACUGGAGACUACCCUAAAGCGCUUACACCUGAGGGACAGUAGUCUUAACGUGAAUACCGAUAACUAUACGGAUCUACAAGUGUUUGAUAGACUCAAGGCCCUGGAGGUGCUGGAUGUGAGCGCAGCUACCUGUCCACCGGAAAGCCUAUUCACUGGUAGUCAUUGUAAGUGCGAGAAUGUGCCUCAAGAAGUGGACGAUAAGGACAGGGAUGUCAGUGAACAGUACCGCACAGUCAUUACGUGCGUAGGUGUGGCCGAAAGCCAGGAACUACAGGCGCUAUUCAGUAAACUGUCCACUAGUUUGAAGGGAAAUACGCGUAAUAUCUAUGGGUUUGUGUUGAUGGACUCAAACAUCACCCGAUUAUCUACCGGUGCUUUCUAUGGUAUAGCCUUUCAGGAGAUCCACAUCAAGGACUGUCCACUACUAACAACUGUGGACAGGGAUGUGUUCGCCGCUAUCGCGCCGUUUGUUAAUAAACUGCAUAUAAGUAACGUUAACUUCAGCGACGCUACCGGUGAUGAGCACUGGUAUGCGUUGAGUAGUUUGCCUAAUCUGGUGGCACUGGAUAUGGUGAACGUGUUUCGCGAGAUACCGGCCCACGCUUUCCAGACAGUGGGGAACAGUACGCAAUGGAGGCUCAGGUGGUUCACCCACGCCGGCCAUGAGAGUAUAGCCGCGUCGGGGGCUAGGAUUCACAGCGUCGGUAGCUAUGCCUUUGAGGUGUUGCCUAAUAUCGAGGUCAUAAACCUGCAAAACAACCUGAUCACCCGUAUAGACAAAUACGCGUUCGCCAACCAGUCGCCCACCACCCGGCGCCUAACCAUACGUCUGGCCCGCAAUCGCCUCCACUCCCAGUCCUUCGCCAUCGGCUCGUUCGCCGGCAGCCGACGGCCCGUACGGCUCGAGUUGGGCCAACCGUUCAUCGGCUGCAACCGAGAGCUCCUGUACCUAAACGAGUCGGUAUUCUCGCCGUUCCUGGACAGGGAGGGCAACCAACUGGACAUGGGCUGCGCCUUUGCCAUGCAGUGCGAGUGCCAGACCAUGAAAUGGCUGUACGACUGUCCCCACCAUUGGCGGGAACGGGUAGUUUGCGGUCCGUUUGGCGAUCUGGUGGUGCCGUGUCUGGUGGACGUGGGGGACGGGGAGGACAGUGGUGUCGAGGAGGUGUCCAUUUGGGAUGUUAAGGAGGAUUACUUUCAGUGCGGCGCCGGUAGUGCGAGGAAUGGUAGUAUAGGUGGCAGUGAUGAGGAGGUGUCGACCACUUCACAGGAGUUGGGCGUUGAGGACAGUGAGGCCGAGAAUGAUGUUUGAGGGGCGCAGUGGACAGGGAUGUCACGGACAGGCUGUUUAUUGUGUUGUUGAUAGUUAUUAAUGUAUUAUAUAAACAGGAAAUUAGUAUUUUGUGUGUAAUUUUUGAUCAG